AUGAAAGUUACAACCGUCAGUUCAUUGGUCAUUACAUUGACCACAAUUGUACAAGCUAUGGAUAAUGAAAAACGUGGGUUCUUUGGAGAUCUUUUUGCAGGCAUAGGAGGAAAUGACGAUUCAGCAGCGACCACAGCAGCUGCCAACCAAGAAACUACAACUGAUCAAGAAGUAAGUCAAGUCAAUAUAGCAGCAAAUGUUGCUAUUCAACAAGGUAAUUUGAGUACAACUGUCACGCUGUCAGAUUUGUUGACGUCUAUUUUGUCUUCGUCGUUAGAGACCUCUUCAUCUGCAACAAGUUCUAACGGGUUGCUAGCUGGUUUAUUCGAAGAUGCAUCCUCGGAGAGUGCCUCACCAACAGAGGAAGAUGAUGAAGAGGAGUGUGAAGAGGAGACUGAUGAUUCUACUCCAACAACUACAAGCAAACCAACUACGACCACGCCAACUACAACCACGCCAACUACAACCACGCCAACUACAACCAAGCCAUCAACCACUACAAGUCAUGGUUUCACCAUUCCAGAUAUCUUCCCAACUGAUAUUUCUUCUGAUGGUUCAUCAUCGAGUGCUACCACCUCUACAAACAGUGGUGCUUCUGUCACUGAAAGUUCAUCAAGUAUGGUUACUACAACUGGUGGGGGUUUUGAUGAUUUCUUGAGUGAUUUAUUCCCAGACUCCCCAUCAUCCAGUUCUGCAAGUGAAGACGACGAUGAUGACGAAGAGUGUGAAGAGGAAACUGAGACUAACAAACCAACAACCACCACCAAACCAACAACAACUACCACGCCAACUACAAGUCAUGGUUUUUUCAUCCCUGAUCUCUUUCCUAGUGAAAGCUCAUCAUCUGGUUCAAGUGUUGUUACUAGUACUGAAGGAAAUGGUGGAUCAGAUGUCACUACUGCUACUACUACUACUAAUGGUAGUGGAAGUCCAAGUGACUUCCUUAGUGAUUUGUUCCCUGGCACCCAAUCAUCCACUACAGAGGAGGAUGAUGACGACGAAGAGUGUGAAGAAGAAACCAGUUCAUUAGCCUCAACUACUACAAGUAAAACCGGGGGAAUUUCGUUACCUGAUAUAUCCAUUCCUACUACUACUUCCAAAUCAUCCACGGGAUUUACAUUGUUCCCAAGCACAUCAGAGGAGGAAGAUGAUGACGAGACAGAGUGUGAAACCGACAUCCCAACUAGUGAUACCACACCAACAUUGUUGCCAACUGGUGGUUCAACUGAUGAGUCAAAUCCAACUGGUAGUUCAACAGAACAGAAUGGUACUACUACAACAUCAGCACCACAAACUUCUGAUGAUGAUGAUGACGACGACGAUGAGACUGACUGUGAAACCGAGACUGAUGUGGAGCCAACCAAUGACGGUACAACUAAAACUAGCACUUUCAUUCCAACUGGCGGUUCAACAAAAACAACAAGUGCAACUACGACCACUUCUCAUGGAGGUACCACAACGACUGAAGAAGAGGACGAUGACGAGACUGAUUGUGAUACUGAUGUUGAUGUUCCAACUACUGCCACUGCUACCACCACAAAAUAUGGUUCCACUACAUUUACCCAUUCAAGUACUUUUGUCACAACUACUACCAACACCAAAGGAGAGACGGUCAUCACUACCAAAACAAGCAUCUACACCUCGACUGCCACUACUCUUGCUGGUCCAUCAACUACCGCUGGUGACAAUGAUGAUGAUGAGGAAGAAGAUGACGACGAGGAAGAUUGUGAAACUGAAUAUCCAACGAUACCCCAUACCCAAGUGGAUACCAGCACCACGACUGUUGUUUCCAAUGGAGUAUUGACAACAAAGACUUACACCACUACACCACUGCCGGUUACUUAUACAACUGGUGUCACCAAGACAACUGUAGUUUCCAAUGGUGUUAUUACUACCAAAGAGGUUACCACAACAGCUCCCGUGUAUACCCAAUACCAAACCGAAACUGAGAUUGUGACUAUUACAUAUACUGGUGCUGGACAAACGUUUACUACGUAUUUGACAAACUCUGGUGCUAUUUGCAGUGAGACUGUCACAGUUACUGUAACAACCACAUGUCCACAAACCACUGUUGCACAAGGGGGAGGUGUUUAUACAACCACUGUUACUAUCAUCACCACACACACUGUUUACCCUGAAGAUUGGGAAGAUGAUGGUUACGAAGGAGAAGGUACUGGAUCAAGUGGUGGUACCAGUUCGGAAGAAGAUGACGACGAUGAUUGGGAAUGGGUCGAAGUUGAUUGUACCGAUGUUCCUGAUACUGGUUCCGGUUCUAGUGGUUGGGGAUCAUGGGGUUCCGGCUCUGGUUCUGGUUCUGGCUCUGGUUCCGGCUCUGGUUCUGGAUCUGGUGGUUCUGGUUCAAGUGGAUCUGGUUCAAGUGGAUCUGGUUCAAGUGGAUCAUCAUCAGGUGGAUCAAGUGGAUCAAGUGGUUCAAGUGGUUCAAGUGGUUCAAGUGGUUCCGAAUGGUGGAGUGGCUCAGGUGAUUAUGGAUAUGUUUGUCCGGGUGACGAAGGUUAUGAUGACGAUGAUGGUUGGUGGAGUGCAGGAACAGGAUUAAACAAUGGUGGAUCAGAUUCAAGUGGGUCAAACAAUGGUGGAUCCAGCUCUAGCGGAUCUAAUUCUGGUUCUGGUUCUGGUGGAUCUAAUUCUGGUUCUGGUUCUGGUUCUGGUGGUGCUGUUAUCUCUUCUUCUCAUAGUGGUUUUACCGGAGGUUGGACCAAUAGUAGCUCAACUGCUACAGAUUAUCUUUGUCCAGGUGACGACGGAUAUGAUGACGAUGAUGACGAUUAUGAAUACAGCUCCACUUCAAUCGAUAGCAUUCCAACUGAAGAUUGUGACGAUGACGAUGAAGAGGAUGAUUAUAUUACAGAAUUGAAUAAAGAAAUAGUUGCUACCGGCAGUGAUGUACAGACAUUAUCCACAUCAGUCGUUGUUCCUGAAUCCAGUGAAACAGUAUCACAGAUUGAAAACAGAGGUGUUAGAGUUGGCAACGAUGGACUUUUCAUCGCCGUCGUUGGGUUGUUAACAUUGAUGUUAGUCUAA